GUUGCUUGUAUGGGCGUCGAGCGAACGGAGUCCCAUUUUGCCGGUCCCAACUCCUUCAAGUAACCGUCCGUCGUCUUCGUCAUUUUGCUCGUGAUAGUCGUCGGUGGGGUAGAAAAGAAUCCGCCAAGUCUACCGGUAGUUCAGUGCUAGAAACGCGCGCGAUUUGUUUGCACACAAACCUGGAUCCCUUACGAUGGACGUGUCGUUGCCGAAUUACUCAUACAUGUUCAACUUCGAAAGUGGUUUCAAACACCAGGACACCCGCACGUGGAUGACGGAAAAUUGGACCUUAGGAUUCUACUAUGUUGGCGUUUACAUGAUUCUUAUUUUCGGCGGCCAACAUUUGAUGCAAAACAGACCCAGAUUCGAACUGCGAGGAGUUUUAGUUUUAUGGAACACACUUUUGGCAACGUUUAGUAUAAUGGGGGCCUGCAGAACCGUACCGGAAUUCAUUCACACAUUAACCCAUCACGGUUUGUACCAUUCCGUCUGCAUACCAUCGUUUAUCGAGCAAGAUAAAGUCUCCGGUUUUUGGACUUGGAUGUUCGUUUUAAGUAAACUCCCGGAACUCGGCGAUACCAUUUUCAUAGUUCUUAGAAAGCAACCCUUAAUUUUCCUACAUUGGUACCAUCACAUAACGGUGCUUCUUUACUCUUGGUUCAGUUAUACAGAGUAUACAGCAAGCGCCCGAUGGUUCAUUGUGAUGAAUUAUUGCGUCCAUUCCGUAAUGUACUCUUAUUACGCUUUAAGAGCGAUGGGUUACAGCCCGCCGAGGCAAAUCGCGAUGGUUAUUACUUCAUUGCAAUUAUUACAAAUGGUGAUUGGUUGUUUAAUCAACAUUUGGGCGCAUCAAUUGCUCCAAAAUAAAUCCGAGUGCCACAUCUCGCCGUUUAAUAUCAAAUUGUCGAUCGCUAUGUAUUUCAGUUAUUUUGUAUUAUUUGCGCGGUUCUUCCACAAGGCCUAUUUAUCAAAGGAACGUAAAUCGAAAAAUCGAAGCGCACCAAUCACUGCUGAUUACCCCCUACUUAAAUCUAAGGUGCAGUAGUGAUAAAAAAUACAAAUAAUUAAAAAAAAAAA